GAGUACAGAGGGAAACAUGGUCACAUUUCUCGGGCACCUGAAAACGUGCUGGUUAUUCUGGGCCCCGUGUUGCUGGUGAGGAGGAGUGUUUAGUUUAAACUACAUCUCUGGUGACUGAACGCGUCCUCAGUAAUCUACAGAGUGAGACCUCACCUCAUAGACCUGUCCUCUCUACAGAGUGAGACCUCUCCUCACAGACCUCUCCUCUCCACAGAGUGAGACCUCUCCACAGAGUGAGACCUCUACAGAGUGAGACAUCAGAGCCGAGCUGUCACUCUGUCUCUAUACCGCGGACGUUAUUUGAGCAGUCACAGAUCUGCUGUAAUUUAUUUUGUUCUAUAACUGAUUUCUCUCUCGGCUGAGCGGGUGUUUGUUGUUCUGAUCUUUGGAUAUUCUUCACUGUUUCACCGACAUCAGAGGAACAACCAGAGAGACAUGGAGCACAGUCCUGGUGGUGUUAUCUUGUACGCUGGCUCGUCCGGCAGUGCCAGCCCGAGUCCUGGCAGCCCCUCAAGUGGAUACCAGACCCAGUCGCCCUCCUCCCACUCGCAGCCCUCAUCCCCAGAGGGUGUCUCCUUUCAGGAGAUUGGGCCCCUGAAGCAGAGAGGGGAACGAAGGGGAGGGACGCCUUCCCCGAAAUUGGUCUUCCAGUUCCCCGAAGUAAACAAUGCUCCCGCUGCCCAAAUAUCGACAGUGUCGUCUGCAACCUACAGCCAUCCCACGGUGGCCAAAAGACCUUGUGGUUUCACAGGCACGUUCACCAAAACCGGAGGUAUGGUGCUUCUGUGUAAGGUGUGUGGGGACAUCGCCUCUGGAUUCCAUUAUGGCGUGCACGCCUGUGAAGGCUGCAAGGGUUUCUUCAGACGCAGCAUUCAGCAGAAUAUCCACUACAAGAUGUGCGUGAAGAAUGAAAACUGUCUCAUCAUGCGCAUGAACAGAAACCGGUGCCAGCACUGCCGCUUUAAGAAGUGUCUCUCUGUGGGCAUGUCCAGAGAUGCUGUGCGUUUUGGGCGUAUCCCCAAGCGGGAGAAGCAGAGACUAUUGGAUGAGAUGCAGAGUUACAUGAACAGUCUCAACGAAUCAGCUUCCAUGGAAAUGGAGGUGUCACCUCCAACCGAUGCCCCCUGCAGUCCACACAACCAGACCAAUGAAGGAGCGGGCUCCAUAUCGCAGUCUUACCACAGCAACUUAAUGAACAGAGACGAGAAACCUCCCAAGAUGGCUGCCGGCAACGGCAACGUUGGCACUUCCUCUUUCCACAACAAUUCAGCGCAGCAGCCUUCACUGUCGCACUCGGCGACCCAGACUCACCACACAGUCCACGGGGAGCAUGCGAGUUACCUCGUCUCGACAAGCUGCCCUGUUACCUCCACCAACAAUGAGAACUCCGCCAUUGUCGACAACGCCAAGUACACCUUCUCCUCCAAUCAGAAUAAGUGCCCCGUCAGUGGCCGCCUAUCAUCUCAGUCCUACUCAGCCAAUCACAACAGCUACCAAGCCAGUGAUUCCCACAACCAAAGUCCCUGCCCCUGGAAGCUAAACGGAGGAGCCAAAGUGCUGGCAUGUCCACUCAACUCAUGUCCUGUAGCUCCGGCCAGUCGCUCCAGUCAGGAGGUGUGGGAGUCUUUCUCCCAGUGCUUCACCCCCGCUGUUAAAGAAGUAGUGGAGUUUGCAAAGAGCAUCCCAGGCUUCCAGUCUCUCAGCCAGCAUGAUCAGGUCAUGCUGCUCAAAUCCGGCACUUUCCAGGUUCUGAUGGUGAGAUUCUGCUCACUGUUUGACCCCAAGGAGAGGACAGUGACCUUUCUCAAUGGACAGACAUAUUCACUGGCAUCACUUAGGGCUCUGGGAAUGGGCUCCCUACUUGAUGCCAUGUUUGAUUUCAGCGAGAAGCUUGGAUCUUUGUGUCUGGAGCCAGACGAGAUGGCCCUUUUCAUGGCUGUCGUGCUUGUUUCUGCCGAUCGCUCUGGUAUAGUGGAUGUGGCAGCAGUGGAGCAGCUGCAGGAGAAUCUAAUAAAAGCUCUGCGCUCUCUCAUCACCAGUCGCCGCCCGGAUGAUAGCAACCUUUUCUCAAAGUUGCUGCUACGUCUGCCCGACCUGCGCACCCUGAACAACCACCACUCCGACAAGCUUUUAGCUUUCCGCAUAGAUCCUUGAGUUCAAAGAGCAAAAGCUUCUUGAGGUAUCUGCUUUGGGGAGCCUCCCUGCUCCCCCAUGCAAGCCUGGCCUGCCACUUACAGUCCACUGGCCAAUGCAUGACGGGCAGUUGUUGUGGUGAAGUGUGCCAAGUCUGAUGCCAUCAGAAAGUGAACUUGAAAAAAAAAAAAAAAACAGCAGAGAAGGAUGUAGGCACAGAAAGAGGGGAAGGCUCCUGGACU